AUGAAUAUCGAAGAAUGCAAGUACGAGGUAGUUACUGAUACUAUAGUCAAGCCUCAAAAUGAUGAAAAGAAAUAUAAGUAUAUCCGCCUCAAAAAAAAUAAAUUAGAAAUUGUUUUUGUUUAAGAUUUCCAUGAAGGUAAAAGCGCAGCUGCUGCUAAUGUUAAUGCUGGCUGCCUUUAGGAUCCUCUCCAUAGAUAAGGUUUGGCACACUUUUUAGAACAUAUGCUAUUUUUAGGUACCGAAAAGUAUCCAUAAGCUGACUUUGAUUAGUUCCUUAAUGAGAACUCAGGUACAUCAAAUGCCUACACUGAUUACAUGCAAACCAAUUACUAUUUUGAGUGUUCUGAUAAUGCUUUUAGAGAGGCAUUAGAUAGAUUUGGUCAUUUCUUUAUUAAUCCUUUAUUCAAUUAGGAUUUAGUCGAUAGAGAAAUGAAUGCAGUUAACUCUGAGCACUCUAAAAAUUUGUAAGAUGAUGAAUUUAGAAAGCUUUAGUUACUCGAUUCUUCUGCUCUUAAGCACAGUCCUCUUAAUAAAUUUGGCACAGGUAAUCUUGAAACCUUAAAGCAUGACUCUAUUAGGGAUGAUUUAAUUGCUUUCUACAAAGAAAAUUACAGUGCUAAUUUGAUAAAAAUGUGCAUUUACACUCAUGAGAACAUAGAAGACAUUGAAUCUUAUGUUGUUGAUCUUUUUGAAUAGAUUCCAAAUUUCGACAAACCUGCUCCCACAUACUUAGAAAAACCUUUUCCUAACUAAAUCUUCCAGUCUUUUUGGAAAUACGUUCCAGCUAAGAAUCACCACAAUAUUAAAGUCAUGUGGACUUCAGAGUUUUUCACAAAAGAAAGCUACUAAAAGCAUCCUUUGAAAUAUUGGUCACAUGUUUUUGGCUUUGAGGGAGAAAAUUCUCUACUCUCUGCCUUAAAGCAUUUAGGUUUAGCAGAAGGUUUGGCUAGUGGAUAUGAAGAUAUAAUGAAUAAUAUGUCUAUUUUCUAUGUUGAUGUUGAACUUACUUAAUAAGGAUUGUCUCGUUAUACAGAAGUUCUUAAUAUAGUUUUUACCUACCUAUAAAUCAUGAAAAAAAUAGGUGUAUAAGAUUAUAUUUACGAAGAAGAUCGUAUAACUGGCAUACAAGAAUUUAACUCUGCAGAAUAAGAAGAAUCAAUGGAUUUCGCUCAUUCCUUGACUGCAAAUAUGCAAAUAUAUAAACCAAAAGACAUCAUUAAAGCAUAAUGUUAUUUUGAAGAAUACGAUCCCUAAUUAAUAAAUUAAGUUAUUAAUAGUUUUAAACACGAAAAUAUGAGGAUAUUUUUUUCUUCUUAAACUCUCGAAUCUGAAUGCACUUAAGUAGAUCCAUACUACUUUUGUAAGUAUUAGUAAUCUCCUUUACCUUAAAAUAUCAUUGAUCUUUUCAUUAACCCAACAUAUAAUCACACAACUUGUGGAGGUAAGUAAUUAGGAUUACCUCCUAAAAAUGACUUCAUAGCUAAAGAUUUAAGCUUGAUCACAUAAGACUAUGAAAACCUUCCUAAGUAUCCAAGUGUCAUUAAGCAAGAUGAAAAGUCUAUUGCUUAUUUCAAAUAAGACCACAAAUUCAAAGUACCAAAAACACUAGCCAAGGUUAUCAUAUAUUCAAAUGAUGGUAAUGUAAAAGAGAAUGUUGAAAAUUAUCUUUUAUAUCAAAUUUGGAUGAAGCUAUUUUAAGAAGAAAACAGAGAAUUUAUGUAUUAAGCUGAGAUGGCAAAGAUAUACACUAAGAUGUACAUAAAAGGAACUGCUGAGAUUGAGUUUGAAGGUUUUUCUGAAACUCUUCCUUCUUAUUUAAAUGCUUUCUUUGAGAGACUUAGUAAAUUUGAUCCUACUCCUUACAAAUAAGAUUUCUUAGUUGAAUAUGAAAAACUUAGCAAAAAGCUUUAAAAUUUCUUCUGUAAAAAUCCUUACAAACAAGGUAAAUAUUACAACUAGUUUGCGAUUCGCCAUAAAGGAUUAUUUGGACCAUAAGAGCUUUUAGAAGCUAUUAAAGGUGUUACAUAUGAAAAAAUCUGCUAAUUCCAUAAUGUUCUAUUCAAAAAUAUUUAUUUAACCUGGUUUAUUACUGGUAAUUUAACUUCAAAUAGUGCAUUAAAUGUAAUAAAUUCAGUAGAAAAGAUACUUUACACUAAUCGUACACCACUCCCAAAAAAUAAAAUUGAUGUACCUUAAGCUAUUGAUAUUACAAACGAAGAUGGCUUAGAUUAUGUAUGGGAAAUUAAUUUAGAUGAUAGUGAAACUAACUCUUACAUUAGCUCUAUUUUCUAAUUCGAAAAUUCAUCUAUAAAGAAUGAUGUCUUAAUGAAAUUAAUUGACAAUUUCUUAGAAGAACCUUUUUACACUUCUUUGAGAACUGAGUAACAAUUAGGCUAUAUUGUAUGGUCAAUGACAUGUGCUGAAAGAACUGUUAUUUAUGUUUAUUUCUAAAUUCAAUCAGAUGUUAAGCCUCCUUAAUAUCUUUCUUAAUAAAUUGAGGCUUUUGUUGAUGAAAUGUUAGAAGAAGUGAGCGAAAUGAAGGAUGAAGAUUUAGAUAUUAUUAAAGAAUCAGUUGAAAAUGAUUUAAGAGAAUAGCCUCAUAGUAUUUCAUAAGAAGCUCUUCGUUUUUGGCAAGAAAUAUAGGGAAGAAGACUAGUUUUCGAUAGCAGAGAAAAGCAAAUUGAAGAAUUAUAAAAAAUUACUCUUGAAUAAUUCAAAGAAGCUUUCACAUCUAUAUUUAGAGAUAACAGAGCAAACAUACAAAUUCACUUGGUAAGUAAAGUACAUAGAGAAGAAAAUGAAAAACUUAAGCCAUCCGAAGAUAUGGAUGAAGAAUCUAAUCAAUUAUUUAUUGAAAGUAUUGAAUAGUUUAAGAUUAACCAACCCAAACACAAAUUUAAAUAUUACUGA